AUGCGGCACACGCGAGGGGCGAUGCAGCGGGCGUCGGUACGACACGGGUCAAACGUGAGGCCGGACGGCAUGGCGUGGAGCGCCGGCAGUAGGAGGAGAACGAAGACAAGGAUCAUGGUGAAGCCGUGGAGUGCGGAAGGAGAGUGCGAAGGCGCGGAGACUGGGAAAUGGCUCGGGCAGGGCUGUCUCGAAAUGCAGAUUGGUAGAAGGGCGGGAGAUAGGGCUCACGCUGCCCUAUGGUUAUUGUUGGGGAAUCGCGAUUGGAUGUGGCGCCGCGGGCGGGCGACGAAAAGUCGAAAUGCAGCGGGAGCUCCCUGA